AUGACUGGGGCUUCAAUUCUCCAAGCCGAUGAAAGUCACGCUUUGGACUCCACAGAAUGGGUCUGGUUGGGAGGAUAUUAUAAUGGUAGUCACGUGGAAUGGAACGACGGUUCAGAAGCUGCUGCGUACAGUUUCGGAGAACGUUAUCAAAUGCCUGGCUACCUGGCGAUAAGUCUGAAGGACCAGAGUUGGCAUACCGAUCAUAAGGCAACGUACGCGGCGGCUUGCGUGGGAUAUCGUGAGCUGAUCGGCACGUUUGACGGCUUCACCUGGCCCGAGGCGCGGAAUCAAUGCCUCGCUUUGGGAGCCGAGCUAACUUCAAUCCAUUCUGAUGAGGAAAAUCGGAUCGUUACAGAACUUGCCGAUACAUACGUGCAUGGGCGACAGGGCAACUAUUACAAGCUGGACCAAGCUGGAACGUGGAUUGGUGGAAAGCGGAUGGGGCCCGGAAAGAAGGACUUUGCCUGGACCGAUGGUAGCCGAUUCGAAUACGCAAGGUGGGCCAGUGGCCAGCCCGACAAUCACCGAAAUGCGCAGUAUAUUCAGAUCUACACAACCCGUCUGGAGGAAUACAGCAAUGACGACAAGUUAUACCUGAACAAAUGGGACGACAUUUGGACGAGUGCCAAGGGAUAUAAUGCUGUCUGCAAAAAGAAGGCGCGAUAU